AUGAAACUAAAGAACAAAUGGGAUCAAUUAAAGAAGGACUGGAAACAUUGGAAAGAGCUUAAAAGGAGAUCAACUGGAUUGGGAUGGGAUCUAGUAAAGCGGACAAUUGAUGCACCUGAAAAAUGGUGGGCAGAAAAGUUAGCGGUAGUGCCAGCGGCAAAAAAAUUCAAAUUUACUGGAAUUGAACCAGCUUUGAAGGAGAAGUUGGAUGGCAUGUUUACUGGUGUUGUAACAGGAACUCAUUUUUUCACCCCUAAUGAGCAGGGUGUUGCAAACCUAGCAAAGGAUAUAGAGACCGAGCAUAUAGGUGAUUCAGGAGAAGGUCCCAUCCAAAUCCACUCGGAUAUCCAAUCCACUGAUGGAACAAAGCGCCCACGACCUACGAAAAAUUAA